CCGCCCGAGUCUCGCGAGAGCCGGCGGUGCGCCGCCGCCAUGGAGCCGGCGGUGCGCGGCCCGCCGGGGCUGUCGGCCGUGCUGGCGGGCACGGACUGGUCGGAGCCCUGGCUGCUGGGGCUGGCGGCUUUCCACCUGCUCUGCUUCCUGCUGACGUGCGCGUCCCUGCAGCACCGCCGGGUGCAGGUCGGGCACUUCCUCUGCAUGGUGGGCUUAGUGUACUGCGCUGAAUAUAUCAAUGAAUUAGCAGCCAUGAAUUGGAGGCUCUUUUCUAAAUACCAAUACUUUGAUUCAAGAGGAAUGUUUAUUUCACUUGUAUUUUCAGCACCACUGCUGGUGAAUACUAUUAUAAUUGUGGUCGCCUGGGUUUACAGAACUUUGAAUGUAAUGACUGAGCUAAAAAUGCUACAGCAGAGAAGGAAAGCAGAAAAAGAGAAAAAGAAUUGAAAGCGCCAAACAAUAUUCUUCUUUCUUCAGUUGCAAUAAUGCCUGUCUGGGUAAUCAAUCCUUCUGUAUGGGUAUGCAGGAACAGAAUUAUUUUUGUGUCUGAUGUCAAGAGCACUUUGUAAUCGUGGUUGUGGACAUUGAGGUGAAAGCAGGUAUCUACAGUACAUUGGAAUUGGCUGUGAAAUUAUGAAACCAGUCUUAACAGGUCUUUGUGCCCUUCAGCAUAUGAUUGUUUUCCUCCAUGACCAAGGCUGUUAGUAUUGAUGAGACACAAUCUUCCAGUUUCUAUUUGCCUGUGUAUUUUUUUACUAUGCCUUUAUUCUGUGCUUAUCAAGUAUCAGUUAUUCUGCUGCUUAAACCAAUUUGAGCUGUGUUGUGAAUUACAGUAAAUGAGAGAUUCAGGAUAACUCAGGAAUCCAUGCUUCUGUGAAGCACUUCAGUUCUUUAUAAAUCAAGUUUCAUACUUCCUAUGUGUACUGUGUGCCAGUGACAUUUUAUAAAUAAAACUAUCCACUCACUGAA